AUGCCACGGGUCAGGCCUAUUGCUUCGCCGACUUUCACAACAUACCCAACCGUCCUCCUCCUCCGCCAAUAUCUCCCCUGCAGAUGUCUACAUCAACACACCCUGCGCACAUUAUCUCCAGCAGCCUUCAACUCCAAACUUGGCACCCGGUCUGUCAAGACCUCAUCAGUCAGCCACAAACGGAGCUUCAAUGACAAAAAGCCUGGACCUAGUUCCAAAUCUGGUGGUAGUGGCGGCGGGUAUAACAGGGGAGGCAGGGCUCCAUACGAUCGAAUUUCGAAUGCUUCUAGCGGUCGCAUGUCUGGCAAUACCGGAUCUGGCGACAUUUCGGGAUAUCGGUCGAGGCGACCUGCCUAUGUCAAGGCGCAUUCAGUAUCGGGUUCGCAGAUGGUCCAGGCGAUCGAGUCAAGCCGACAGGGAGCAGGACUAUCAAAGUCGGAGGAUGGCGACAGAGGAACGAUUGAUCCAUUUGGAAAUACAGCGGCAGACCCAUUCGCCAACAAGCUGGAGGCUGCCAUUGAGGCUAGUUUGAGAACCACGGGUCAGUCACAAUGGAGCAGUAGGGCGGACUCUCGGCAUGACCGCGCCAACACAUACCCCGCUGCGGAGACUCAGAUUCCGGAUAUUCAGGCGCAGUACCUUGUCGGAUACGCUCGUUGGGAAUCUGUCAAAGCCAAGGACGUAGAAAUCAAGAAUGUUACGCCAGAAACGAGACCCAAGGUGGCAGUGUUGGAGCAUGGCUUGGACCGAGUUCUUUUCAACCCAGGUGUUCAUUGGCUGCAGGAUCCACGGUCGUCCGUGUUCAACUUUGACCCCUAUCUGCGAUCAAUCUGCCAGCCCAAGGACUUCGAUUACGACGCAUUGCCUGCCUACAAAACAUCGUCGAUGGAUCCAGCACUGCUCAACAUUUUGCGGAGUCGUCACGGAAAGUACAUGGGAUCGACCUCAUCCAUGACCUCUAUCCUGUCCCAAUACUACUUUUUGAUCUCUGGAUGGAAGCCGCUCAAAACAACGCAUCUUUCAGAGGCAUUUACAUCUCAACCCAAGGGGUUCACAAGGCUGAGCAGGGCACCGACUACCAUCGAGUUGGUGCACAAGGGCGAUGGAUACUAUGCAAUUGACGCCGAUAAGACUUUUGAUUCAUCGACAGUCUUGAUGCAACUUGUAAGCGGGUUUGAUUAUGAUCCAUCGACAAAUGCCCGUCGCUCAUUGAUUGCAAGAUUGGCCCCACUAACAUACGUUGUUUAUCGCUCUAUGGCACAAAAGGGAAAGUCCAUGGAAAAGAUGUUGACUAGCACGCCACAAGAAUUUUCAAGGUUUACAAAGGCGAAUUCUUGGAUGGUCACACCAGAGGAGAGAGAUCAACUCGAGGCGUUCAACUACAUCUCUGUCGACAACUUCCUGCUCCGUUCACAGCUGGACUGUGAAGAUCCACGGCUUCCGGGCAAAACGUUCGAUCUCAAGACCCGUGCCGCAGUGGCAAUCCGCCUGGAUGUCCACAACUAUGAACUCAACCAAGGAUACCAGCUUCGCAAGGCGCACGGGUAUCUGGAGAGUUUUGAGCGCGAAUACUACGACAUGAUGCGAUCGGCGUUCUUGAAGUACAGUCUCCAGGUCAGGAUCGGGCAGAUGGACGGGAUCUUUGUCGCCUUCCACAAUACGGCCAGGAUCUUUGGAUUCCAGUACAUUUCUCUGGAUGAGAUGGACUCGCGGUUGUUUGGAUCGAGCGUGAUGGGCGAUGAAUGUUUCAAGAACCAGCUUCGGUUAUUUAAUCGCACCCUGGAUGAGAUUACCGCCAAAUACCCCAAUCAGGACCUGAGGAUCACUGUUGACACGGAUGAGACCGUCCAGAGUAUGAAUGUUUGGGUCGAGACUUUGCCUUUGGGAGCCAAGACAUCGGCGCAGGGUAGGAACGUGAUGGUGGAAUUUGACGAAGCGGGAGCACCAGAGAUGCAACCCAACGCAGAGCUCAGUCUGUGGCAGAUUGUCUGCUACUCCAACGUCAACAACUCGACCGUCAUCGGACCUUUUGAUCUGAACGAACGAGGCACCGACAGGUGGGAGCUGCGGUAUAAGAUUGCGGAGCUGAAGAAGCCGCAUAUGAUGAGCGAGUACCGCCGGAUGAAGGCGAUUCAAGCCGAGAUCAUGCUUGAUGAUGCUGCGAGGGAGGCGCUUGCUGAGAAGGCGUUUGAGGCAGGAGAGGAGGAUUCGGAACUCAAGCUUGAGUCGCUUGCCCGUGCGGCUUCUAGGCGCGAUAUCAUGAGGGACCAGUUCCGCAGGAUUAGUGAGCAAGGACGACUCAAGGAAGAGGAUGAGGAGCGGAGGCAGGCUGACAAGGAGUUUUUGAUCUGGGAGCCCAAGGGAUAUAUCAAGAUUUCUGACGCCAUUACUGCACCUGUAGUCAAACCUAAACCUGCGCCUGCAGAAGCACCUAAGGAUGCUAAAGCCGUAGCCAAGACCGAUAAGAAGGCCAAGCCCGACAAGAAGGCCAAGGGUGCUCAACCUGCCGCCAAGAUCGACAAGGACAACCAAGGUGACUCUAUCACGGCAUCCAUGGCUCGCAAGUUGAAGGAGAUUAUCCCCAAGGCUGUUGCCUCACCUUCCGCUGCUGGUGCCACAGCCAAACCCUCCGCCGUCUCUAAACCAGUCAAAACUGACGCAACCGGCGACCCCAAGAGUACCUCCCCCGAAUCAGAGGUGCCUACAGCCGAGAAGGUUCUUGCGGUCUACUACCGCCGCUUUUCCAACGGCCACAUGACCAAGAUCCCCCGCGAGGAUCUCUCGUUCAUUCGCGAUUCCUACCAGAAGUCUGCAUCGCUCUCACCCGAGGAUUCGUUGCGUCUGAAACAUCUCUCUGGUUUCCACGACGACCUGAUCAAGAGUUUGACGCCAUUUGAGGACAUUCGGUUCAAGUUGAUGGAGAUCCCCGUCCGUGGAGUCGAUUAUGCAGCCCUGGACAAACCAACCCUGCACCGGAUCGCGGGGUAUAUGGGUAUCACACCAUCUGCUGACCAGAGCGAUCGCGCAUUGGGCCGGAUCUUGCACGCAGAAACGGGUCGGUUCCGGUACAAGUUGCAUUUGGACUUUUACCACAACUGGAUCCACAAGGUCUUGGCGCUGAAGGACGAUGCUGCCCCCCUGGCUGCCUUCAAGGAGUUUGUGGCGGUCGAGGAUGAGGCAACGCUGAAGAGAGUUGCGAACGGACUGAUGGUCUCGGAGAAGAUGAUAUCUUCGCAGGAGAAGUUUAAUAGCUUGAACCGGGGCGAUGCGAUCAAGAAGGCGGUGUUGUCACAGAUUUAUUACGCCGAGAAGUCGUUUAGCGAUAAUGAGCUCAAGGAGAUGGGGUAUUUGCCGAGGAUCUUUGAUCCAGCCUUGUAUGCGACGACCAAGCAGCUCUUGAACGAUGGAGACAAGAACGAGGACAGAGCCGAUAUUGUCGAGUCCGAGUCGAAGUCCGAGUCGAAGUCUGAGUCGAAACCGGAACUGGAGUUGGAGCUUUUGAGCGACAGUGCUGUGAGCAGUAAUAGCAGCGCUGUGGUCGAUGAGUAG